GAAGAAGAUAGUGACCUUGAAGUCCGGCCAACUGUACGAAUGACAGAGACGACCAGUAGAAUAAGCUUACAAUUGAAGUACAACGGUCAGCCGAUUGUGGUUGACUCCUUAACUUGUAAUCACAGCGUAUCCGAUCUUAAAGAAGAACUGUUCAAAGUAACUAGAGUAUUGCCGAAGAACCAAAAAAUUCUAGGUCUCCGGACAGCAAGCAGUUUACGAUCCUGUUGUCGAUUCAACAACAUUCUCAUGCAUUUUAUUAAAACCCGGGACCAAGUUAAUGCUUAUAGGAUCCACCCAAGAGGAAAUCCUUAAAGUUAAUAGUACCGAAGAUAGUCCUGAUGUUGUUGAUGAUUUCGAUUUCAAAGAAGAAGACAUUCAGCUAUGCAACGUGUAACUUUGGUAUAUUUAAAAUUAAUUUGUAGUCCAGAGAACAUAGAGAAAGUUAAAAGACGUUGCAAAGCCUACCGUCCACGAAAAUUGUGUGAAUUCAGACAUGGUAAAAAAUUACUUGUUUUGGAUAUAGAUUACACGAUCUUCGAUCAUUUAACACCAGCUGAAUCAGUGCAUCAAUUAGCUCGUCCAUAUUUAAUGGAAUUUUUAACACGUGCUUAUCAAUAUUAUGAUAUAGCUAUAUGGUCUGCUACAAGUAUAACAUGGAUUCUAGCUAAAUUAAGUCAAUUAGGCAUGAUACCAUUGAAUGUAGCAAGAACAUUUCAACACAACCACCAACAAAAUAGUCAUCAUGAUCAUUUAUUGAAUAAUAGCAAUUCUACCAUGGAUAAUUUAUCAUCUGUCAAUGAUUUGAAUGCAACGACGACACCGACAACAAUAACUAAUGAUCAAUAUCAUCAUCAAUCAUUUCGAAUUGCUUUAAUUCUUGAUGCAUCCGAUAUGAUUAGUGUGAAUUUUGCUAAACAUGGUAUUAAAGAAGUUAAACCUUUAGCUGUUAUCUGGAAUAAUCACCCUCAAUGGGGACCACACAACACAAUUAUGUUUGAUGAUGUUCGUAGAAAUUUUAUCAUGAAUCCUCAAAGUGGAUUAAGGAUUCGUUCAUAUCGUGAUGCACAUGUGAAUUGUUCACAUGAUCGUGAAUUAUUACGUUUAAUUAAAUAUUUAGAAUUAAUUGCUGUGAAUGAAAUAGAUUUCACUAAAUUAAAUCAUCACCACUGGGAACAGUACAUACAGAAACAUCGUAAACAAUGGGAUAUAAUGAAUGCAAAACGUAAAAAACAACUGAAACUAGAUCAGUUGAAUGAACAGAUUGUAACAUCAUCAUCAUCAACAUCGUCAUCUAGUGCUUCUUUAGGCUGUUCUUCUUCGUCAGUGUCGUUGUCGCCAUCAUCCGCCUCCUCGUCCUCCUCCUCCUCCUCCUCAGCAUCAUCAUCAAUAUCAUCUGCACAGGUGUCCAUUUGUACUACUCAUGAUAAUGUUUUGUCUGUUCCAGUCAUAACUUCAUCUUGUACUACUACUACUACUAGUAGUAGUAGUACUACAGUUAAUGAACUAGAAGCAUUUUCAUCGAGUUCUACAGUAUUGACAUCUACUAUAACUACUACUACUACUAGUCAUAGUAGUAGUAGUAGUAGUAGUUUACCUACUAGUGGCCAAAAACGUGUACAUGACAAAUCAUCACAUGAACACAACAAUGAUAUUGUUCCUGACGGUGAUGAUGAUGAUGAUGAUGAUCAUGAUGCUGUUACAAUAAAUCACAUGAUCAAUGAACAUUUAAAUGACAGUCAAGAAGUAGAAAUCGACAAGGAAAAUGAUGUAUAAUGAUAAUACAUUGUCAUCAUCAAUUCGAAACUACUAAUUAUCAUAAUAGUAGUAAUAGUAGUUUGAACAGAAAAUUCAAUCUAUUUAUUCAUUCAUUAUGUACUAAUAAAUGAAAGAG